AUGAGAAGCUUCGUUGGCAACAGCAAAGAUGGCAUGUCUCAAUAUUCUGCCAAUGAUAUAACCGCGCCAAGUAGUGCCAUCGGCUCAUCUGCCCUUAGACCAAACCCAAUGGAGCUGGAUGAUGAGGAAUGGGAGUACGAGUAUGACGAGAAUGAGACAGAGACUUUCUACGUAACGAUUGAUCUCUCGUCCAGAAGCGGACCCGCGCGAUCGAAAAGGAAACUACCCCCACAGACUCAAGAGGACGGAGAAGAAGCUGAAGGCGAAGUCAAUGAGGGGGAAGACGGCAACAAUGAUGACGGAGUCGAUGCGGAUGAUAAUGAUGAGGAGAGAGAGCAAACGCCGCCUGGUUCACCGGCUCCUAGCCACGGAGGGGGAAGAGAUGAAGCUUUAGAAGCUGCUCAGCGACAUCCCCCGCAAGACUCAGAUCCUGGCAAUAAUGCGCAAAAGCAGCAAAAAGGCGUACAAAUCCUCGAUCUACAUACUUCUAAUCCCAUCAUUUCUUAUGAUAAUCAAAUAUUCAAUUGCCAUUGGUCAUCAACGAUUGGCACAGAUAUGCUUUUCUCCAAGCCUUCUGCAAAUCCCUCUCACCCUGUCGUGCGGUCCACUCACGGAUACGACUUGGUGGCACUAACGUCAGCAAAAUUGAUAGGUACGAGCGCACAUCUGGCGCCCCGAAAGGAGGUACGGGUGAGCCGAAAAGGGGAAAUAGCUGCUGCACAAGGAAGACAGCUUGAGAGGGGCACUCACCCCACCUCUGGAGGGGCUGCAGAAGAGCCUAUCAUACCAGUGGGGUCUGGAGCAAGUGCAGCCAGACACAGUCAAGCACGAUUCCUGGAACGCCUUAUGAGGGCCAAGGACGCAAAAGGCGAGACAGACAGCGUUACUGUGUACAGCAAGAAAAGACUCACGCAAACCGGCUGGAGGGCAUUGCAGAGCGAGCGACGGAGAAGAGUUGAAGACAUUGAAAUUCUCCGUCAUCUCGCUGAAGAAGGAGACGAGGAAGCCCAGUCCCAGCUAGAGCAGCUUGUCCAGGCUGAUCCCCUAGGGAGCACUCACGGAGAUACUCCAAGUGAGGCAGGGCCGUCUUCUCAACCUCAAUCUUACGAUGGUAAUCUUUGGAGAUCUGCUCUUGGAACGCCAUGGGGAGACGAUAUUUUGCGAACGCCACGACGUGGCCCUGGACGACCUGGAUCAAGACGGGGGAGAGGAAGUGGCAGAGCUACUCGAGGUUUUACGACGAUGGGUCAUUCUUUGAUGACUUCAGAGUCGUCACCCCAAGAUCCAAGCAUUGACCAAAGUAACACAGCCACCCCCGCAGCUCGGUCCGAGUUCAGCACGCCUCAACCAGGAACCUCACUUCCCCCCGAUGACGGCGCUCAAACUUAA